CAUUCAGCUUUAAACAUGCUGCUGCUGCUCCUACUGCUGCUGUCACCAGGUGAUGGCCAGGCUCAGCGUGUCUCGGGCCAGAAGAGGAACGGCUCGUGUGUGUGUCCGGUGGACUCCAAAAUGUGGUUGUUCCCUGCUGUGAAGUACGAGGCCGUGCUGGAGCAGGUUCAGACCUGUGGAGGAUCUUUGAAAACCUUGCAAGAACAGGUGAAGUUGUCCAGCCAGCGUCUCCCUCACAUCCAGGCUGCGGUUGAAAACGUGACGGCCCGGCUGGAGCCUCACCUGUACCUGCAUAACCGGGGCCUGUACACGGCUUUGUCUCUGCGCCAGCUGGGUGAGGAGCUCAGCCAGUUGGAGACAGACGUUGGUGCCAUCCACAGCCAGUUUAACAAUGCCCAAACACAGAAGGUCUCCAAAGAGGUGGAUAAAUUGCGUACAGAUGUAGACAGGAUGCAAAUGUCAGACACAAUUAACAUGAAGAGCGUCAAAGAGAGACUGCGCUACCUGAAAAAUGCAGCUGAGUCCUGCAGAUCAAUCCCCAAAGACUUCAGAGGCCAGGGCACACACUGCCUCAAGGGUCUGAUCACCAACAUUAGCAAUCCUGUCACGACUAAGGUCAGUCCCCAUGGCAAGAGCUACAUCUCUGGUUCGUGGGGCAAACAGGCCCAGAUGGACAGUGAGGGGGAGAAGAACAGCUACUGGGUUCAGCCUUUGCUCAACAGCAACAUCUGGGGCAACUCCCUGCAUGUAUACCAAACCUACGAAGACUUCAUGGCCUCUGUCAACCAGAGGGACUUUACCAUCGCUCCAUCCUUUAGCCAUGCCUACACCAUUGAGGGUCCCAGUGCUGUUCUAUAUGGUGAAGCGCUGUACUAUCACUGCUACCGCUCUGCAGACGUCUGCCGCUACGACCUGAAAAGCAACACUGUUAAACAGGUGACACUUCCUGGCACCGGCGUGGGUUUCAACAACAAGUUCCCGUACUGCUACUAUGACUGCCGAGUCAAUAGUGAUGUGGAUGUGGAGGCAGAUGAGAUGGGACUAUGGGCCCUCUAUGCCACUGUCGGUAACCACGGUAAUCUGGUGGUGAGCCGGCUGGUUUGGGACAGCGAGGCUGAGAUACUCAAUGUCUCACAGACGUGGGAGACGAGGCUGUUCAAGAAGGCGGUGAGCAACGCUUUCAUGGUGUGCGGUGUGAUGUAUGCCACUCGUUACGUGGACGACUACCGGGAGGAGGUGUUCUACGCCUUCGACACAGCGUCAGGCAAAGACGACAACUCACUAGCACUGCCACUGGUGAAGGUAGCUAAAGGAGUGGCCAGUCUGAGCUACAACCCCACCAACAAGCAGAUCUACAUGUACAAUGAUGGAUAUCUACUGGCCUACCAGGCCCACUUCUGAUCCCAAGCUGUUCUGAUUGGCUAAUAAUUGCAGUUUCAAUUCAGUGUCCAUGUAAGGCUAAACAGAAGAGAUAAGCAGAGCUAGAGAAGGUCCAUCUCACGUCAAAUUAUAUGUCCAAACAUCUUAUAUAAUGAUGAUCCAUAAAGUUACCAAUCAGGGACUCCGUGUUGGACUUAUCACACGCUGUAGUAUGUUGUAACAAAGUGUACUAAAACUGAUGCCUUAAACUUUGUUCAAUACUUUGGCCUUUAUCAGAACAAAUGCCAAAUGAUCAUCAUUGGACUAUUUUAAAUGGUCGCCUUUGGGCUAUUUUAAAAGAGCCCUAAGUCGACCAUUUUGCCCUGAUGUCCUAAAUGGCUUGUGGGCAUGUUUUUGCUCUCAUUGUGAUUCAACGGCCAUGAGAUAUCAAAGGCUUUUUAAUUCACUACCCUGUCGAGUGCCUCAGACUUCAACAAUUAUAAGCUAUUGUUGCUGGUUUGUAAUAGUAGCCGAGUAUUGAAACUUAGUAGCACUUAGUUGCUACUCAGGUUGAAGACCUGAGAUAUUUAGCUUCUUGCACAUUUUAAAGAAGAGGCAUUCGCAUUAUCUCAAAUUGCACCAAUCAGAAACAAGCCAACUAUGAAACUCCUUCCCAACCUGCCAACAGACAAGCUGAUGUCUCAUAAUUAUCAAAGUUAUCUGUUACUUAUUCAUUCCAACCUUUUUUUUUUAUUUGUAUACUUACAUGAUUAAUUAAACUGUUUGACUCAGACUGGAAUCAAUUGUUCAAUAGAUAUUAAAUCGCUUUAACUAUAUAUUUAUUCUUCUGAGUUUAUUGUGGACAGAAUCACAGUAUUGACAGCUCUAAUAGAUUUGU